UAGAUAUGAUCCAUAUAUCGCCAGCCAGUUGUCAAGGAUGCUUCUGCCCCUUAUACUGGCUCUGCUGUUGAGCAGUUUUGCCUUGGAGCCAGUAAAAGGCCAAGACAGGAGCUUACACAUUGAUGUUCAGUGCAGCACUUCAGGAGUCUAUGUUUCUUGGAGGACAAAUGAUUCUAAGCUACAACACGUGUAUGUAGGAUUGAAAUGUGAUAAUAGUUCCAAUGAUCAAUACAAAGACUUAGCUGAGACAUUGGAAAGUGGGUUAGAGUUCACUUAUAUUUAUCCUUUGAAGAGAGGUGAAGCCUGCAACAUAACUGUAUAUCUUUUGUAUGAACAUGAAAUAAAUGAGAUUACAAGAAAUUUUCAUUGCUCAGACAUUGAAGAACCUAGAUCUAUCGUGUCAUCGUCAUUUAUAUCAACGUCUUCUACUGCUGGCAGUGUAACUUAUGCUACUCUUUCUUCAAUGGAACUAACUAUUAGUAGUAUUGGUUCAUUAUCGAUGGUCUCUGAAUCAUUGCCAUUUUCUGAUUUAUCCCACUUUAUAACUAGUACUUUUGUACCUUCAACAACAGUACUAAAUACAACAACUGGAAGAGGAUCUGGGAGUAACAUUGCACUAAUAGUCUCCGUCUCUGGGAUUUCAGUAGUCAUGGCCAUACUGUUGAUUGUCAUAUUUAUCAUUGUGUGCUUCAUUUUAUUGCUACACUGUAAAAAGCUUAAAAUGAGUCACAACGUACAUGGAAUUCAGGACAACUUUAUCUAUUUAGAUGUUGACAUGAUGGACGACAUCAGUCUCUCUGAAUCAGUUAUAACUGUUGAGCAGCCUCUGUCAUGGGAUAAAUUUAUAGCGACUGCAAUCACUCCCGACGAACAAGACCUCAAUCACUCUGUAUCUACUGAAUGCAAUAAGAAGAGAAAUGACAACUUAAAGAAAGGGAAAAGAGAAGAAAAUACAUCACCUUGUAGAUACUACCCCUGAGUUUUUAAACAUCUGAGUUUUUCACUAAAAAUCAGGAGAAAUCAUAUGUAUACACAUUCCAUUAUAUUUGUUGUUUUAAUCCUGAACUAUGAACAAUACAGCUUUGUUAUCACUCUACUAUACCGCAAUGUUAUCUGAGAAUGUUUGCUAUAUGAUUGAAGCAAUAAAAUGUUAAUUGAGAA